UCAGCGCUGAUGCGUUAAAGUGUGCUCGGUUCGCUUCGCUGCGAGUCGUGUGCAAAUUCAGUUAGAACGAAGAGUCGGGACAGCCACAGGAUCAACCAAAACAAAACCGCCGCUUCAUCACAUUUGGUGCUAAGACGCCAUUUGGACACUUAGCUGCGAGGUCUUGUUGGCGCGGCGGGACGAAGGCGGCGGGACGAGGAGGACGAGGUCAGCGAGGACAUGAGUGGCGUGGAGUGCUUCGGCUGCGGCCGAGCCGGACACUGGAUCAAGAACUGUCCCGACGUGGCCAGGGGACACCGGGGCAGGGGACGACCCAGGCCCAAAGACAUGUUCUGCUAUCGCUGCGGGGAACGAGGACAUGUGGCCCGAGACUGCGAGAGAACGGAAGACGCGUGUUACAACUGCGGGCGUGCGGGUCACAUCUCCCGGGAGUGCCAGGAGCCCAAGAAGGAGCGCGAGCCGCUGUGCUACAACUGCGGCAAGGCGGGUCACAUGGCGCGAGAAUGCAAUCACGCGCACGAGCAGAAAUGCUACUCGUGCGGCGGCUUUGGACACAUCCAAAAGUGCUGCCACAAGGUUAAAUGCUACAGGUGUGGCGAGAUCGGCCACGUGGCCAUGCACUGCAAGCAAGCCUCCCAGCUCAGCUGCCACAACUGCGGCAAGAUGGGCCACUUGGCCAAGGAGUGCACCGUCGACCAGGAAGCCUAGCGCUUGCCCGCUCACCCGCUCGCACGAUCGCCCGCCAUCUUGGGAGCACCACUUUGGGAGCACCUUUGGCCGAUCCAUAUCAUCAGCGCCAGCAGGCGUACAAGCGAACGGGGACUCAAAAACGACAAACUGUUUGGGAUUUAGAACAAGGAGAUGCGUUUCCAUCAUCGGAUGUCAGGCCUCGCUUAUCAAAUGAAGUGCGGUCGCACCUGGAAAUGCAAGCGUCUCGACUCAUGACUUUCCCACACACGAGCCGUCCCUAGGCUGAUUUUAGUGUUUUUUUUCCUUUGGGACUUUAGAUACAAUGAAAAAUCUCGAUACGCUUCAGGCCCUCAUCACUUGACGCCAGCAGCAAGCAAUCUGUUCACAUUGGUUGCCUUAUGCUGGGAUAACAAGACAAAUUGGUGACACGAAUGCGCCGUGAACUUGCUUUGCUAACCUUCAAGAAAUUGCCCAGGAGAAAAACGACAAGGAAGGACAAAACAUUGGGUACCCUCAUGCUUUUAUGCCCACUGGUUGCGUAUACAGUAUGCAGUUUGGGUGGCAGAGAAGCGUAUUGCAAAACAA